UUGAUUACCAUUGUAUUUAUAAUCAACCAAUCAAGUAAAUAGCAAUUAAUAUCGAUUCUCUCAUUCAAAUAAUCGAAAAUGUAUCAUCAACAUUCGCAAUUAUUAAUUUAUCAUCAAGAAUUAUCAAGAUAUUAAAUUCUAUCCACUAACAUUCAAUGAUUUAUUUCAGUUUUAGAUAACCGAUAUUUUAAUGAUAGGCCUGAUUGUGAUUCAUGCUAUUCUCUAGUCUUUAUUGAACAUCUCAUGGAUGAUAAUUCAAAACAUUAGCAACCCAGGACUUUUUAAUCAUUAAAUUGUCAACAAAUGUAAGUCAUUAACUUGCAAUGAUCUAAUACCAGGAUCGACUCAGUUGCUCAUCAUGAUCUCAGCCAUGUGCAAACAGUACAUCUUCCAGACAGUACAGUACAAUCAUCAUUACAGACCAUCAGUCUAUUUUUGUUAAUCAGUGUGCUACGAUAUUUAAUUGUGUGGUUCCCAAACAAGUGUACAAGUGUAAAAAGUACCAUUGAAAGGAGACAAAGAAAAACCGGAGUAAAAAUAAUAAUUACUUGAAACAACUAGAAGGAAAGAAACAAGACAAAGAUGACUUCUGAACGAAAAGUUCCUGUUCUUAGAUCUGAUUUUAACUUAAUUGACAAGGAAUUUGAUUCAAUUCGUGCAAGGUUUGAAGCUGAGAUGGCCAGAAUGGAAGACGAGAUGAUUCGAUUUCGAUCUCAAAUUCAAGAAAAGGAGCGAGACUUUUUUGGUGGAUCACAUUUAACCUCUCGGAUAAGCUCAUCUAGUGAGGGAAGUAACCGUCGAAAUGAACUAUCUUCAUGGUUAGAUGAUUCUUCACUUGUCCAUGACACUCCUGAUGGUAAAAUUGUUAGGUUAAGAUACGAUGUUUCAGAAUAUGCUCCAGAGGACAUUGUUGUCAAAACAAUUGAUCGAAGACUAAAGGUUCAUGCCAAACACGAGGAGAAAUCAGAGAAUCGCCAUGUAUUCCGUGAAUACAAUCGUGAAUUUUUGCUUCCUGAAGGUGUCAAUCCAGAACAGAUUCGAUCAACAUUAUCAACUGAUGGUAUUCUGACCAUUGAAGCACCAUUAGCAGCAAUCGAAGGAUCAAAUGAAAGGCGAAUCCCAAUCGCUCAUAAAUGAUGAACAAUCCCAAUCGAGUCCAAUACAAGCAACUCACCCACAAAUACAAACAAUUAGCUAUUAUCAGUUAUUAGUUGGUCAGCUUAUUAUUAAUUUUGGAUCAGUCUUGUAUAAGCUACUAAAUUAAGGUUUAUUUUGUAAUCUCCGUUUAACCAGAAAACAAUUUGUUUUCAAACAAAAUCAUCAACAAUUAUCUUCUCAUUUGUUUGUUGUUUUCAAUUGGACUCUUUAUGAUUGUCAUUCAUUAACUCUUUUCACUCAAUUGUGCUAAUCAACCAAUUUGAUUUACUCUUAAUUGUUUUCUUGCCUAAACACACACAGCAUCUAUUGUUUGAUUGCAAUCCAAGUUUACCAUUAUUUCAAUUUUAACUUUUAUUUUUCAUAAUUAUGCAUAUAACUCUUUCAAUUGAUAAUUGUGAUGAGUAAAUUUCGGAUAAUAAAAGUCUCAACUGAUUAUUCUUGAAA